AUGCUGCAGGAAUGGGCCGCGGACUUCCAAGCCAGUACCUCAUCAGAAAAAGUCCACCGGCUGGCUUCCGGGUGGUACGAAGCAUGUAGCCAAUCGCACGAAUUGUGUCAUCGAUUGCGGUCUUCGCCCAACUUUGCCCCAUCGCGGCUCAUCGACAUUGGUUCUGGUGAUAUCUGGAAGCUUUGUCUUUACCCACAAGAUAUCAUAGAUCCUCCAGAAUAUAUGACUCUGAGUUAUAGAUGGGCUAAAGCCCCUUCGAUUAGCCUAUUCAACUCGAAUUUUGAAGUCUUCCGCAAGGGUGCACCGAUAUCUCAACUUCCCAAGACAUUCAGGGAAGCCAUCACUGUUGCCCGUCGAUUAUCUAUCAGGUAUCUCUGGAUCGACUCACUGUGCAUUAUUCAAGAUUCGCCAGAAGAUUGGGCCCGAGAAUCACUCCAGAUGCAUUUGGUCUAUGCCAACUCUGCCUGCACCAUCUCCGCAACCGCUUCCGAAGGCCCUGAUGAAGGAUUAUUUCGUGUACGCACUGCUCGGGAAACACUUGUAGGGCACAUCAAGGUUCCAUUCGCCGAUGGAAAACCUAGAAGAUUUGACGUUUGGGACCAGCAUCAUAUGCAGCGACUAACACAAGGUCCACUCACCGAUCGUGGAUGGAUAUUCCAGGAGCGUAUUCUGUCGCCAAGAGUGCUUCAUUUCACCAAAACCCAGGCUGUAUGGGAAUGCUUUGAGAUGAACAAAAGUGAGAUGUUUCCCCACUGGUCGCCUCAACCCACCGACGCAGUGUACACUCCUGACCUGAAGGCUAUUGAUGCGUUCUUUGACGAUGGUCAUCGCCGAACUGCCUGGGCAAAAGAAGAAGACAAGACAAUGACCGUGGAUGUCUAUCAGCAGUGGACAAAUCUGGUCAAGACCUACUCCAAAUGCAGUCUAACAUACCCCGAUGACCGGCUGAUGGCGAUGGCUGGUAUAGCCGAGAUGUUCAAGAAGAAUUCUGGCGAUGAAUAUCUAGCAGGUCUCUGGAAGUCAAGGAUCGUUGAAGGACUCAACUGGGUUGUACUAGAACCUAGACCCCGACCCCAAAAUCCUGAUCGCGUUCCGUCAUGGUCAUGGGCUGCCGUUGACUCUGGUGUUUUGCCUCAGAGGACAAAUUUACCGCGAGACGAAGACCUGAUCGAAAUCAUCGAUGUUAGAAGUCAUCUUGUUGAAACUUCCUCUCGGUCGCAGCAAGUGAAGGGGUCGAUUCAGCUACGAGGGUGUAUCUGCGAAGGCAUUGUCCGUGAAAGCAGCAGGAGGAUAGGCGCACAAAACAUCGGAUUGAAGCUUUUGGAAAUGUCGGCAACGAUCUACGCCUACCCAGAUACACUGGAGACGACUUUUCAGAGUGGGGAAUCGCUUUCGUUUCUGCCCUUGAGGUCGACAUUACGGCGCCAGGUAAAUGAUCCAGAUAAGAAUCCAGUUGGGGAAGCCUUUGUGAUAAUUGAGGGUCUUAUUCUUCAAGUACUUUAUGGAGCUGGAAGUAGUUACAAGCGUAUCGGUCUCUUUGUCCUUGAUUCCCUGGACAAUGCCAGUUUCUUCGGCCUUGUUGCGACCUUGCCUGAAUCCGGAGGAGGUGUUCCGCUGAUAAGUGCGGAUGAGUCUCGAAAGUCCAACAUAAGGCUAGUAUAA